CUCGCUUCCCAGUUGAGCGUCAGUGCCAUGACAACAGGACGAUGGCUUCAAGAAAGCGACAAAUGUGAUUUUUGCCAAAACAACGAGAAACAGACCCACUCAAUUCCAAGAGUUGUUUGUGUACUAGAAGACGUGCCAUGUCUCUGUUCAAGGCUCGUGACUGGUGGUCGGCAGCUCUCGGUGAGGGGGAAGAGUUUGACCAGGGAUGCAUCUGUGUGGGAGAUGUUGACAACAGCGGCACUGGACAUGACAAGGUGGUGGUAGGCAGCUACAUGGGCAUGCUGCGGAUCUUCUCCCCUCAUGCCAGCAAGCUCAGCGAGGGGGGCCAGGGCUCAGCUGAGGCCCAGCUGCUAGAGGUCCAUCUUCAGAACGCCAUCAUCCAGGUGGAACUGGGGAAGUUUGUCUCGUGUUCAGAUCUUCUUCACUUGGCUGUCCUUCACCCCAGGAAGCUGUCAGUCUUCUCUGUUUUAGGAACGGCAGGGAACGUGGAACACGGCGAUCAGUACCAGGUCAAACUGGUUUACGAACACAACCUGCAGAGGACCGCCUGCAACAUGACCUAUGGUGCCUUCGGAGGAGUCACAGGUCACCACUCGCUGUGCAUCCAGUCAAUGGACGGUAUGCUGAUGUUCUUCGAGCAGGACAGCUACUCCUUUGGAAGGUUCCUUCCGGGCUUCCUGCUUCCCGGCCCGCUGGCCUACAAUUCCAGGACGGACAGCUUCCUGACUGUGUCCUCUGCUCGCCAGCUGGAGAGCUACAAGUAUGAGACCUUGGCCGUGGCCACGGAGGCAGAACGUCGUCAGGAUGCCGAUCUUUCCCUCAAGGGUGGAGGCAAGAGGCUGAGUCCUGACUGGACGAUGGUCCUGGGCGAACUCGCCCUCGACAUCUCCGUACCCUCCUUCUCCCACUCCUCCUUCUCCAUCUUCGUCCUGGGCGAACGCAACCUCUACUGCUUUCGAGACAACGGGCAGAUCCGCUUCAUGAAGAAGCUGGAGUACAACCCCAGCUGCUUCCUGCCCUACGCCUCAUUGACGGACGGCACCACCAACCUGCUGCUAGGCAACCACACCAACAUGCUGCUGGUUUACCAGGAUGUCACCCUCAAGUGGGCUGCCCAGCUCGCCUUCGUGCCUGUGGCGCUGCGCGUCGCCAACUUCCCGGAUCUGAGGGGCGCCCUGGUCAGCCUGAGUUGGGACGGUCACCUCCUGUGCUCCUAUAUGGGCACGGACCCCUCCUUUUUCUCCACCCCCAAAGUGGACUCCAGAGAGGUGGACUACGAGCAGGUGGAUGCUGAGAUGAAGAGGCUGCACAAGUUCAUCCGAGAGGCCAGCAGGACCCAGGACAUCCUGCGUAAGGAUGAAAGUGAGGAGGACCUGACAGUGACGGCAUCCGUGUCACCCAGCAUGGACAGCCCAUCGGUAGCACUGAUUCAAGACAUUGGCGGUUUUCCUGUCCCCUCAGUGAGGGUAAAGGUGAAGGUGAAGGCCAACAGUGUGUUUGCCUCAUCCAAGCUGACCAUCACAGUUCAGCCUCCACUUGCUGUCACUCAGGACCAGUUUGUUCUUGAACCUUUGGGCGUCGGCUCAUCCACAGCUGUGGAGUUUUCCGCUUUCCUCAACGGCCGCUACCCCCCUGCCGACCUGAAUGGAGACAUCGCUGUGUCGUACAGCUCGCCUACAGAAUUUAACCCCAAAGGUGUCCCUCAUGUUCUUCAGUCCAGGUUCACGCUUCCUCUUGCACUCGUCUGUACUGCGUCCUCUCCCAACAAAACCAGCAACUUUAAGAUCACCGUGGACACCAACCAGCCCCCAGUGGACCCAAGCACCAUCUUUCCUGAAUUUGCAGCAAAGUCAGAAGAUAACGAUGGAAACAGUUUGGCUUUCCACUUCCUGUCGGGCGGCAAUGUAACCGUGUUGGCCUCUAAGACCUCCCAGCGUUACCGCAUUCAGAGCAACACCUUUGAGGACAUGUGGUUGGUGGUGAAGGAGCUGGUCCACAGAGUCGACCUUCAUUUCUCCAAAUUAGGAGUUAAUGACUUCAAGAAAAGUGUCGGUGGACCACUUCCCCUGCAGGAGUACUUCCUGUCUGUGGACCACCACUUCCAGCUUCGCGUCAGCGCUCAGAAGUACCAGGACCUCCUGUCCGAGCGUGCCGUCCAGUUCAGAGCCAUCCAGCGCCGCCUGCUGACUCGAUUUAAAGACAAAACCCCGGCACCCCUGCAGAACUUGGACACAUUGCUGGAUGCCACUUACAGCCAGCAGACGAGGCUCAUGGCUCCUCUGAAAAAGGAGCUCUUUUUGUUCUCCUGCUUGACCCCUUCUUUCCUCUUCUCCUUCCUUUCCCUCUCCUUCCUCUUCUCUUUGUCUCUCCUCUGCACCUCCUCCCAUUCAGCCUUCAGUUUCCUCUCCCUCUCCUUCCUCUUCUCCUCCUCCUUCUUCUCCCUCUCCUUCCACUCGGCUUUCAGUUUCUCCUGCUCCUUCCAUUCUUUGUUUGUCUUCUCCCUCUCUUUCCGGUACUCCUCCGCACCCCCACUUUCCCACCAGUCUCGCCUCUCUUUGUCCUUCAUCUCCUCCUCCUUGUCUUUCCUCCUUUGCUCCUCCUCCUUCCUCAAUUUCCACUCAGCUUUGAGUUUCUCCCUCUCUCUCCUCUUCUCCUCCUCCUUUUUUUCCCUCUCCCUCCACUCUGCCCGCAUUUUCCUCUCCCUAUCUCUCCUCCUCUCCUCCUCCUUCUUCUCCCACUCUGCCCAGCCCUCCUGUAAUUUCCUGUCUUUCUCCUUCCUCUUUUCCUCCUCCUUUCUUUCCCUGUCCUUCCACUCCCCCAUCAAUUUCAUUCCCCUCUCUUUCCACUCCUCCUCAAGUUUGGCCUCCUUUUCUUUCCUCCCAUCUCUUUUCUCCGUCUUCCUGUCCUCCUCCAUUUGACUUUUUUUCACCUCCUGCUUCUUGACCUCCUUCCCUAUAAUCACAUCCUUCUCCUUUUGGAUAAAAUCCUUCUCUUUGUUGUUCUUCUCCUCUUUGUCCUCCUUCUGAUCGCUGUGUGCUUCCUCUUCGCUCCCUUUUUCCUCCUGCAUGGUUGCCUCCUUCCCACUCUCUUUCUCCUCUUCCCUCUCCCUCUGGUUGAUGUCCACCUCCUCGCUGAUGUAUGCUGUCUUCUCCUCCUCCUCGUUCACCUCCUCCUUUUGUCCAUUUUCCACAUUGACAUUUAAUUGUUCCUUCCUUGGCUGCCACUCCCACUCCCUCUUCUCCUCCAUCCUCUCAUCUGCUUUGUCAUUCACUUGCUUCUUCUGGUCUGCCUUGUCCUUCUCUUGCUCCCUCUGCAUCUCAAUCUUGUUUUUCUUUUGCUUCUUCUCCCUUACCAUAUUCUCCUCCUCGUCUUCAUCUUGUUGCUUUUCCUUCCACUCCUCCUUGACAUUCUCUUGUUCCUUCUCCCUCUCCAUCUUCUCCCCCCAGUCACUAUGCUCAUUCUUCUUCUCAUCCUUCUCCACCAUCACACUGUCUUUCUCCUUUGUUUUCUCCUCCUUUUGGCCAUUCAUCUGGUUCUUGUUGUCAUACUCCACCUCCUCCACCUCUUUUUCCUCCAUGGAAUAACUAAAUCUGCCCUCUUUGCUUUUCUUGUCCUCGUCCCUCUCAUUGUCCUUCUUUUGGCCAGCCCCUGACUCCUCAUUCCUAUAUUUUUCCUUCUCAUCCCCCUCCUUGUUAAUCUUCUUCUCCAUCACCUCCUGGUCCUCCGCAGAUAUGACAAAGCACUCCUAAAAGGAGGUGACACAUUGUGUUCUAGAAUACAGCUAAUUGUUAUUCAUGAACUAAUCAAUCAUGUCUUGUGUACGCACCAAAUGUUGGCUCUUCUUCCGGCCGGCCUUGUCGUACAGCGGCUCCUUCCCUCGGAGCAGCUCCUCUUUCUCACGUCUCCAGCGAGCCUCCUUGUGGACCAUCUGUGUGGCCAGUUGGUCUUUGGUGGCUCUGACGUGGUCCAGUUCUCGGUUGGUCUUGCACAGCUCCACCUUGACGUGGUCUAGCUCCACGUUGACAGUGCGCAGCUCCACUUUGAACUUGUCCAGCUCCACGGUGCUCUUGCGCAAUUCGGCCUGCGUCUUCUCAUUGGCUUUCAUGGUGUUGGACAGCUCAGACUUUUCAAUCAACAUCUUUCUGUAAUUUCCCUCCAGAAACUUUAAGUAGGAGGUGAUGUUGUCCUCCAUUAUAGGCUGGCUACUCCUCAGGGAGGUGACUGCUGAGUGGCAUCUACUGUCUGUUCUAUUAGUGAAGAUGGCGUCUGCAUAGGUUGAAGGCCUGACAUCAUGGUAUUUGUUUUGUGAUGAGGACGCUUGCUCUGCUACAUCAUUCGAUGCCUCAGAUGUUUUUCCAUGAUGUCAUUACAAAGAGGCACACAUCCUCAUCUUUGUGAUGUGUCCUAGAAACACAAAGUCCCGUUCUUCUGGGAAGAUGUUCUACAGUGCUCUCUGCACUGAGAAAAGAUGAGGUCCUUCCCCAAAGUGUUCCUAAAUGUUGGAAGCGCACAGUUCUCCUAAUGUCUUACUAAGAUUACAGACUGAGGAAACUCCUCACUCAUUUUUACCCUUUGUAUUGAGUUGUGGAGUCCUGUAGAGCAACUACCCAUGAUAACCCGCACAGAAAGCUUUCUUGAUCUUCCAGAUUCAGCACCGCUUUCUUCAGCAUUUCCAUAGAUUUCCUGCUUCCAAACCACAGCCCACCUCCAGGCACACCCACUCAGCUGUGAUUGGUCACACUCCCAAGCCCUCCCGAUGACUUCCAGAUACGUAGAGCAGCGUUUACUGAGUGCAGGCAAUCUGCAACCCAUAUAAGAAUGUCUCGAUGGCAUUGACAUCAGUAGAACUCCAUCCAUCCAUUUUCUUUACCGCUCAUCCUCUCUUACGUUUCGGGGUUAUGCUGGAGCCUAUCCCAGCUAACUUCAUGCACACCCUGGACUGGUCGCCAGCCAGUCACAUGGCACAUAUAGACAAACAAUCAUUCAGUACCCUGAGAAAACCACACACACAUGAGGAGAACAUGCAAACUCUACACAGAGAUGGCCAAGUGGAGAUUCGAACCCAGAUCAUACCGAUCUCCUGACUGUGUGGCCAACAUGCUAGCUACUAGUCAACAGUGCGGCCAUAAGUAGAACUUGAUGUUAGAAAAAACUCUGUAAAAGAGAGCAUUCAGAUCCAUUCAAAACUUUUUUAAGGGCUCACUUCCAAAUGCGCAAACCUCAUUAUCUGAUGCUUUGCUUAACAUGGGAAUACAACAUUGGAACAACAUUUCUACAUCAAAAAAUAGGAAAGCAUAAUAAAGUCCCCUUUAACUCAUUGAUUACGAAGUGUGUCAGGAUACUCAACUCUCCAGUCCACUGUAAGUCCUGAUAAUAUUUACUUAACUGAGAUUCACUCAGUUAUGGCCGAUUUGCAGCAUACAUUACUUCUCUUGACACUCUAAUCAGGGUGUGUGUGUGUGUGUGUGUGUGCGUGUGCGUGUGUGUGCGCGCGUGUGUGGUAGCCCGGUGACGCCAAGCUGAGGAUAUUUAUCUUGUUGCUGUAAAUUCCCAGAGUUUUUUUUCUCCGCUCUGUCUCACUCACUUGCCUCCUUCUCUUCCUCCUUCUGUGCUUCAAUGAGACCAUUGAGUAAAAAGCAAACAUGCAGGGCUGUGUGUGUAUGUGUGUGUGUGUGUGUAAAUGUUAAACCAUGUUGGCUCUUCUGUGUGCAUGGUAUUGAUAUGAUUGCUGAGUGUUUAGCUGUUGUCAUUUUGUUGGUCUCAUGUUUGCAUGAGUCGGGUUAGUAUCUUUGAUUUGGUCUUAGGUUCAAGUUCAUUGACUUUGGGUUGUGCUAUUUCUCAAUUUUUCUCCAAACUUCUCACAUUUAAACAGGUAUGACUACCAACCAAUGAAUGCGAGUGUGAAUGGUUGUUUGUCUAUACAGUGAAGAAAAUAAGUAUUUGAACACCCUGCUAUUUUGCUAUUAUAUAUUGCUAGGGGUCUGAAAUU